UGAAAUAGAAGAAUAAGGAAGUGGUAUGAGAAACAUGAAAAAGCAGAAGAGUUGAAAAGCUGAGGAGCUGAAUUCUAGCGUGCUGCCUUGGACAGACUAUGCCAAUGAGGUAUGAGAAGAAAAUGUAUCUGCUGUCAACUUUUCUCUUUCUCUGGCUCCCAGGUUGUUUCUCUGAUGGACAGCUAUGGAGCCCUAAGCACGUGAAUUUUGAAGAGAAUAGUUUGGGGACUAUAAAUUGUAGUUACGCAAAAAAAUGGGAGACAUAUGUAAAGUGGUGGUGUCAAGGAUUUCACUGGUCUUGUACUAUUCUUGUAAAAACCAAGGAAUCGGAGAGUGUGAAAGACCGUGUAUCUAUCCAGGAUGAUAAGGCAGCACACACAUUCACAGUGACAAUAAAAGACGUCAGAAAAGAAGAUGAAGGCUUUUAUUGGUGUGGGAUUGAGAAGUUUGGAACAGACAUUGGAAACCAGAUUCAACUGACUGUUUCCUCAGCGCCAACUACAGGGAAGACAACCACUGAUGUCAGAACCACUAAUGCCAGAACUACAAAUGUGACAACCAUCAAAAGUACAAGAAACAUCACAGGAAUAGUAGACAAGUAUUCUAACAAAAGGUUUAAAAUCACAGAUCUCCAACACCUACUGCCCAUCAUCUUUGGCAUUUUAUUAAUGUUUGUGGCAGUCUCCAUUCUGGUUUGGAGAAUGAUGCUGAGACAGAAGAAAGAAGCUGAAAAACUUGCCAAGGAGCAGACCACAGAGGAGGGCAUUUGUUAUGCACAUCUGACCCUGCAGCAGAGGACAUUCAGAGAUACCCAUCUAGAUUUUCCAGAGGAGGAAGCUUCACCCAAAGCCUCUAACAGAGUCAACAGCAGCUACAAUGAAGUAGAAUAUGUCACUAUGGCUUCUCUCAGAGGGGAGAAUAUAUCCUAUGAUACUCUUUCUCUGGAUACGCCAGACCAGAACUCAAUAUAUAGCAACAUGGGAAAUCUGAACUCCCAACAUCACCUGAGAAAUCCUGUUGAGGAAAAUUAAUACAACUUGUAAAAGAAGACUUAGUUUUCCCCCUGGUACUUCUCUGAUCUUAGCCCUGACUUGACUUGCUUCCUGAUUCUUUCUCUUUCAUCUCCCCUACCUUCUUCUUCCAAUGACAUCUACUUUGGCCUCUGGCUAAAGAACAGGCUUGACCAGCGGAUUCUAAUUGGACUCAUGUUUCCCUGGAUGGUAGGGAUUGUCUACUGAAGCAGGAGCUGUCCCCUUGGUAAAUUUAACAGAACUUCUAUUCAUUCUCUCUCUUCCUCUCUUUGGAGCAAUGUCAACCUGGAACUCAGAAAGCUACUUCCUCUGAUUUCUAAAGAGCAGAGAGGGGAAAUUUCAACCCCUAUCUUGCCAAGCAAUGACAACUGCACACACAAUAUAAGAAUAUGAUGGGUCUGAGCCGAGACCUCAAGCUCUGUGUAGCUUUUCUCUACAUGAACAUGAAAGACUGAUCUGUGAUCCUGAGAUGGAUGUUUCAAGCCUUGGCAGAAGCCUUGCAGGUUCAAGAUGUUGGGAGUGGCUGAGUAUACAUGCUGGUCACCCAGAAGGAAGUAACCACCACUACUUCCUGGAGGAGAAAUGACUACCGUCUGGAAAAUAUUACAAUUAAGAAAGUCUGAGUCAUGUCCUGACUUGCCAAGAGAUCUGAAUUUGUGCACUGGGGAAGUGAUGGAAACCAGAAAGGAAAGUGAAAUAUCUGUCCAGCAGCAGUCUUCAUUUCCUGUAAGAGUAUAAUAGUAUUUAUGAGUUAUUGUAUCAUGUUUUAAAUAUUUGUUAAAGCAUAAUUUAAAACAUUUUGUGUCUUAAGCAUCUUUUUUUGCAGUGGAAGAUGGAAAUAACUGUCUUAUACCUGAUCUACUUUUCACAUUCAAUGCCUUUCUGGAAGGGACUUUGUCAACCCUUUUUGGAAAAAUCCCAGACAGGAGUCAUUCCUAAGCUUUAUCUGAGAGUUGGGGCUUUAUUGAGCUACAGAGCAUGAGAAAAGUUUGAUCCCUUUUCUUAAGGGAGGAAUCCGUAUAGACACAAUCUCAGUCUUUGCAAGUCCAGAGAUAGUACAUGUGUUAGUGGGAAGAAAGUUCCCCUCACUGGGUGUUGAGGAGCAGUAGGAUGUGACUCUUACUCUUAUGAAUCCUUUAAAAUGAAGCAGAUAGGUAGCACUGUGAAUAGGCCAGGACACCUGCAAUCAGGAAGUCAUUAAUUCAAAUCUAGACUCAGAAACUUAUUAGCUGUGUGACAUAACAAGUCAUUUAAUCUCUUUCUGCCUCAGUUUCUUCAACUCUUAAAUAGGAAUAAUAACACCUUUCUUCCAGAAUUGUUGUGAGGAUCAAAUGAGAUAUAUUUGUAAAGCACUUAGCACAAUAUAGGCUGGCAUAUGGUGGGCACUUAAUAAAUUCUUCCUUACUUAUUUUAUUAAAAAAAUUUUUU